AUGAAUUACGAAAAUGAUAUUACGUUUUCUGAAUAUUUGUGUAGAUGCAAGUGUUGUUUAAAUGAUAAUGACUUGAAAAGCUUGUGGGAAGUUUAUGAGUGUGAUGAUGGCACAGAGGAAAUUUAUGGACAAAUGGUGGUUGAUUGUUUCGCGUUACCGUGGUAUCCGACAGACGAACCUGAACACAUUUGUGAAUUUUGUGUGCUAAAACUUCGUGAAGCUUUGAGUUUCAAGAAAAACAUCUUGGCUGUAGAAGAUGUUUUAUUGAAUGCAGAUGUCAAAUUUAAAGAAGAAGCAGAACCCCAAAUAGAUACUGAAGAUGAAAACCCGGUGGUGGUGAAGUACGUUCCAAUUGAAGAUGAGUAUCAGCACGUGGAGUAUCUGGAAGUUGAAGAGGCACAGGAAGAUAAACUACAGAUGAGAAAACUGACGGAAUUUGACAAUACAAGUUCAGGCCCUUCAACUCCGGGGGCCUCAAACGCGAGCCUGCAAAGGAAAUGGCCAAAGAAGAAAAAGAAACACGAACUAACAAAACUAUACAAACAGUACACCCAAAAUGAUUUAAAGGAAGCUAUAAAAGCGGUUACAAACGGUGUUAUGACAUGUACCAGUGCGGCAACAAAAUAUGGCAUCCCCAAGAAAACUUUGACUGUCAAAGUUAAUUCAUAUGUAGACCGUGAACGUGUCGGCCAAACUGAGGAUUCCAAUGAUAAACAUUACAAAUUAAUAGAAGAAAUUAAACUCCUCCUCACUCACACCACAGCGGUGCCUUUUAAAACUAAAACAACUAGAUAUUAUUGUUUCUACUGUUCUACAGACGGACGAAAUUUUGAAGAUACUGACGAACUGAGAGAGCAUACGAGGGCUAAACACUCGCAUGAGUGGACAAAAAUAGAAAUGUACAUGAGACCUCAAUGGUUGAACGAAGUUAUUAAAUUGGACGUAGAGGAUUUACAUUGUAAAAUUUGCCUAACAAUGUUGCCAGAUUGGAACAAUCUGUUUGUCCAUUUGGGUGUAAAUCAUGACCUCGAGUUUGAUAUGGCUUAUACCAGAAUAAUACCAUAUGCUUUGAGCUCUGAUCUCAAAUGUUUUCUUUGCAAGCAAAAUUUUCACAAUUUUGGUCAUCUCGACAGCCAUAUGAACAAUCAUUACAGCAAUUAUAUAUGUUAUGAGUGUGGAGAUACUUUUUUGUCAGCGAGCCGUUUAGAUAAACAUUUGAAUGUUCAUAAAAUAGGGAAUCACCCGUGUGAUUACUGUGAAAAAGUGUUUAAAUUAGAGAAAUAUAAAGCGAAGCAUGUUAGUUUAGUGCAUAUACAAGAAAGUACGGUGAAAUGUUUGUAUUGCUCUGAAAAAUUUGUAGGCAUUUUCCAAAGGCAUAUCCAUGUGACGGAACACCAUAAAGAGAAAGUUAAAUAUAUGACAUGCGAAUACUGUGGGAAUAGUUAUACAUGGAAGCCGUAUUUUUUAGCACAUAUGAGGAGAAAACAUGGUGCUGAGAAAAAGUAUAAGUGUAAACAUUGUGAAAAAUGCUUUUUAAUGAAAUAUGAAUUGAAAAAUCAUAUGGUGAGACAUACGGGGGAGAAGAAUUUCAUUUGUGGUCUAUGUGGAUUAGGUUUUACGAGGAUGGUUGGUUUGAAAAGACAUUGUCAGAAUGAUCAUCGAGAAGAUUUGACGGUCUAUGGUUAUCCCGAUCUGUCGUUCGUUGUCAUAAGAGUUAAGACUAAAUUCGCUGGAGAAGACGGAUUAAAAGAUUUGUGGACCGAAUAUCAUAGUCAGGGCGAACGUAGAAUAUAUGGUGAAAUGAUAAAUUAUUGCUUUUCUUUAAAUUGGGAACAACCAUCAAUAAACUCUGAUUCUGAUUCAGAACAUAUUUGUAAAAUAUGCAUAUCUAAGUUGCAUGACGCUGUAAACUUUAAAAAGGAAAUUUUAUUGUCCGCACAAUUGUUACUGGAAGAAAUUAAAAAUGAAUCGUAUGCUGUGAAGAUGGAGGAUGAUUCUGAUACUGAUAUCGAAACAGAGUAUCUGAACAUAGAGUUUUUAGAGGAUGAUGAUAUUGGAAAAGAAAAAUCAGAUAUUAAAAUAGAGUCUCCAACUAAACCAAUCCAAGAAGAAUUAUUUAUGAACCAAAAAUCAAAAAAAUAUACAGAAGAGGAUUUCAAGAAAUGUCUCGAGGGUGUUAAAAGUAAAACUCUGUCCCAAUCCAAAGCAUCCUUAUUGUAUAACAUACCGAGAAGGACUAUUCGAAGUGCCCUUGAUAGUAUAGAAAUGAAUCCCACUAAAGAAAUCGAUAAUGAAUUAUACCUAAACCCAGCAUCCGAAUACUUUAGAGAAAAUGAUUUAAAAAAAUGCGUCAAAGAGGUUCAAAAUAAAACACUGUCGCAAAAUAAACCAUCCAAAUUGUUUAAAAUAUCAAGGAGGGUUAUUCGUAUCCCUCUUGAGAAAACGUCGCCUUUAGAUGAAAGUAUAAAAUUUACGGAAAAAGAAAGUAUCCAAAGGGAUGCGAAAAUUAAAGACAGUGAUGAUAAUAAAAUUGACUCACCGGAAAGAGAUGAAUCAUUCAAUGUUCCAAGGAAAAAAACAAAAAGAUAUACGGAGGCGGACGUGCAAAAGUGCGUGGAGGCAGUACAAAGCAAGACCCUGUCACAGUGCAAGGCGGCCAUCUUGUACAAUGUGCCGCGCAAGGCGAUACAAAGUGCGUUAAAGAAAAUGCCGCCUUUAGAUGAAAGUAUAAGUAUUAAGGAAAAAGAAGAUAAACAAAAGGAAGAAGAAACUACAGACAGUGAUGAUAAUACAACGGAUUCACCGGAAACAGAUGUGCCAAGUAGAAAAAUAAAGAGAUAUACGGAAGCAGACGUACAGAAGUGCGUGGAGGCGGUACAGAGCAAGCGCCUGUCACAGUGCAAGGCGUCCAUCUUGUACAAUGUGCCGCGGCAGGCGAUACAUAUUGCGUUAGUGAGACUUAAAUUGGCCUCAUCAAGCAACCCAAUGGAGUUGAUAACUGCCCAAAAGUCCAAAAAAUACACGGAAGAAGAUUUCAAGAAGUGUUUGGAGGCGGUCAAGAAUAAGACCAUGUCUCGUGGCCAGGCUUGCACCAUUUAUAACGUGCCGAAGAGUUCCCUCCAUGCCGCUAUAGAAAUAUAUUUUGAUGAUGCUGAAAGAAAAACAGAUGUGCAAAAGGCACAAGAUAAUGUGGAUUGUGUAAUAAAAUAUACGAAUGCAACGCCUUUGAGAGGGUUUCAUCGAGCGGGAUACGCGUGUGUGUUUUGCCCCAUGAGAUGUGAAAAGCCCGCGGAUUUGAAGAAACACACUUUAAAAACACAUAGCAAACUGCGUGCUAAAGUUAGCAAGCAUAGAAUAGUUAAACUUGACGUGACAGGUUUAAAGUGUAAAAUAUGUGAUGAAAAAAUCGAAACACUUGAAAGUAUUUUGGAACACUUGAGCUAUGUUCACGGCAAGAAAAUUUUCACUGGCAUCCGUGAUUUUUUUAUACCGUUUAAAUUUGAAAGUGAAGCGCUGGAGUGUGCCGUUUGUUCGGAAACGUUUCACAGUUUCAAGCCCUUAAACGACCAUAUGAAUUGGAAUCACUAUAAAAAUUUCGAGUGCGAUGAGUGUGGACGCGGUUUUAUAAGUAAACAUUCUUUACGAGCGCACAGCCUAAGACAUGAGACGGGAGUGUUCAAGUGUAAAUUUUGCCCUAAAGUGUUUUCAUCUAAAGUGCGAAGUAAUGCCCACGAGCGUACUGUACAUAUAUAUAACAACUAUCUAUACACAUGCGGAUAUUGCUCGGAACGAUUUUCCAAUUUAUCAAAGAAAAAACAGCACGAAGUGUCAAAACAUAACGCAGCGCCAACUCUAUAUAACUGUCAGGCGUGCAGCAAAUCGUAUCUAGAUCUGCGUACGUUAAGAAAUCAUAUACGAGCGUUUCACUUAAUGCAGCGUCCACACAGGUGUGCCAAGUGUGACUUCAGUGCGUACACGCCUUAUGAUUUGAAAAAGCAUAUGAUAAAACACACUGGAGAUAGAAAUUUUACAUGUGAUAUUUGUUCGAAGUCGUACGGCAUGAGGACGACACUUCGAGAGCAUAUGCGAAUACAUGCGAACGAUAGACGGUUCAAGUGUGAACACUGUGGGCAGGCAUUCGUGCAGAAGUGUAGUUGGAAAAUGCAUAUGCGGACUAAGCAUGGCGAGCAUAUG